AUGCCGAGCCCCAAACUUCCAAAUGGAGGAAGAACGGGGGCCGCCUGCAUCUCGCCGGUGCUGCGCUGCCGCGAGUGGUUCGAGGCCGGCCUGCCCUGGCCCUACGAGCGGGGCUUCCUGCUCCACCAGAAAAUCGCCCUCAGCAGGUACACCACGGCCCUGGCGGACACCGUGGACAUCCACAAACUGCUCAGGAGCCGCUCCCUGCGAGAGUUUGAGGAGACCCUCUUCUGCCACACCAAGAGUUUCCCCAUCAGCUGGGACGCCUACUGGGACCACAACGACCCCCUCCGGGACGUGGACGAGGCCGCCGUGCCCGUGCUGUGUAUCUGUAGCGCGGAUGACCCCGUGUGCGGGCCCCCAGACCACUUUCUGCCCACUGAACUCUUUCACAGCAACCCCUACUUCUUCCUCCUGCUCAGUCGCCAGGGCGGCCACUGUGGGUUCCUGCGCCAGGAGUCUCUGCCAGCGUGGAGCCACGAGGUUAUCCUGGAGUCCUUCCGGGCCUUGACUGACUUCUUCCGAACAGAGGAGAGGAUAAAAGGGCUGAGCAAGCACCGAGGCUCAUUGCUAGGGGGCCGGCGUCGCUGGGGAGCCCUGCAGAAGCGAGAGGUCUCUCCCUCUUCCAGCCUGGAUGAGAUCUUUAGCUGGAAGCGAUCAUAUACCAGGUGAAACCCAGUCGGAGAACACCCUGUCCUGCACGGGGAACAGAGGACUGAGUCGGGCAAGCAGCUGCAGCUCUUUGCCACCGAUUCAGCCCUUUCUUUUCUGGUCUGUGGAGAGAGGUGGAGGUCCCAGCUUGCUGCUACUUAAGUGACCCUGAGCAG